AUGCGCCGGUCAGGACUCGUGUCAGGGGGACUGGCACUAGCGACACUCUGGCAUGUCAUUCUGCUGCCACCGAUUUGGCCGGAACUGAUCAGACUGUUGCUAAAGCUCACGACGAUGAUUGAAAGUGCGACCAUUGGCACAAUCAUUAUCCCGAGAGUCGUUGGAGGCUUGAGCUGGCCUGAACAUAGCACUUUAUCCUACAACCAACAGCAUCACAUUGACUGGAUAACAUUUCUUCACAAUCGUACUCGUCUCCAAGGUCCCAGAAACACGAGUGUUCUUCUCAAGCAUUCUGCAGUGCUUCGCUGUCGACUGGACUACGAGCCGAUGACCUCAGCCUCGGAAAUUAUUAGCUCUGGUGCCUUCGGCGCAAUCUCCUCGCUGUCUUCGUGGAACCCACCUAUUGGAGCUGAACAGUUUCAUUGGCCAGUAUAUGACGGUGUACAUCAGCAACUAAGCCUUCAGUGGAUAGUUGACGGUUUCGGCGUCGACAAUGAAUCACUGCAGACUGUUUUCGGCGACCGCUAUCAAAUUCCUGGCAGGAAAGAGGCAGGUAAGGACGAUGUAGAGCAAUAA